AUGUCGGCGUUCCCACAUUGGUCACUUGUGCCAAGCGGCUCAUGUACGCCACUUGACUGGUUGCACAAAGCUAGUAUGGUAGCACUUCGGCCCUUUCUGUUGUACUUGCUGUGUUUAUUUGGUGUUGUGAGCAGUAUCAAAAUCUCGCCUGCAUUUAACCCAGCGAAGCCGCAGAUCGUUCAUCAAACCAAGCCAUAG